AUGGCAGAACCGAAGCCACUCUGCACACCAGCUGAGCUUAUGCUGAAGGUGGUUCUCGCUGGCACACUGAGCCACUACGAAGUUCGCGGUAUGAUCGAUGACAAACGCCUGGAGCACAUGCUUGCAGCUGGGAAGCAGAUUCUGUACAAGACACAUCAGGAAAGCGAUGUUCGACAUAACCUUGGCAUGUCAUCGGACAUCUGGCAAGGCCUCACGGAUGUCCUUACAAAAGCGAUCCCGGUUCUCGAGUCUCAAUCUUUCGCAUGGAAAAGCCCCGCGGCAAGCUACGAACAUUCCUCGGCAAACCUUAUUGCAUACAAUUAUUUCUCGUUGGUUAAAGACAUUGAGCGCCUCAAUGAUCUGUGCACGAUCGCCCGCAACCUUCUCGCUACCACUAAGAAGGCGCAGAACCUCGCGGCGGAAACAGGUUUCGAUCAAAGGAUCUUAGCUCUGAUCGACACAUGUGUUAGGGUUACAGCCCGGGGCUUUGAUGGCGAGCAAAAUGCGCGAAACGAGGAGCGAUGGCAGAAAGUCGUCAAUCUCUACAAGCGCCUUCUGAUUACGUGCCUUCAAUACCUUCACAACUUCAUAAUGCACAACGAGCACCGCAAGAUGGUCCUCUGGUUAGAUUUGUUUGGUUACCAUUCGACCGCCGAUACAAAUAUUAUCAAGCCGAGGGAGCCUCUUGACGAUGCCAGCUCGCGUGAAGGAGUUGCGCCGGUUGUACAAGUCGGGGAGCGCGUCAUCAAUCCCCCAAUUCGUGCACUCUAUGAUCAAACCGCGGAGGAUCUGCUUUUGGAGACUAUUGCCAAGUUCCCUCGGGAGCCGGCGACUAUCAAGGAAGAGGCCGCCAUGCUUCUUCUGGCUAACAUCAAGGAUCACAUGGAGAGGAUUCUGGGGCGAGAUCUCAGUGCUAUUCAGGAGAUGGGCAGGGAUCCAGAUCAAGUCAAGGAUAUCCGGGCCGCUUUGACCGCAAUCCUCGGAGCCAAGGUUGACGGUUGGUCUGAUCUUCAGGACAGGGCUCGCGACCUCCCGGCUGCGCUUCCCGAAGCUGAGCAUGAAGAGUUCGAAGAGCAGGCAACUGAAGAGCAUGAGCGUCAGGAGGCACACGACCAGGAGGAGGAAGAAGAGCAUGAAGUGGCUAAGAAAAAGACUAUCCUCACUAUUGAUCGCAGCCUGACAGCCGGCUUCCCUCGACUUUGCUGGGCUGAUUUGCCAGAGAUCAACGAUUUCGGCGCCGUGGAUGGGCCCGUCACGGAUGAAGAUACCAGUAUGCCUCGGUCAGCUCAGUCCGCCGCCGAAACCCUCCAAGAGGCCAAGGACGAACUCAUGGCUCGGCUUCAAGAGCCAUCACACAUUGAUGGCGACGAAGAGCACGACUAUGACCAUGGAGAUGCGCACACUGUGGGCGACGAAGACUCACGCAGCCUGGAGGCCGAGGUUGACGGAAGCGUUGACGGAGAUGGCGAGGAUGAUGUGGACGACGAUGGCAUCGAUGGAGACGGUGAUGACGAAGGAGAAGAGGAUGACGAAUAUCGUGGUCGUCCUGGUGAUCAACAACGAGGCCUCCUGACAGAUAUUCCCUUGGUCCUUGGACCGGCGGAAAUUGAAGCUUUACCUAUGAUCGUCCAGGCCGGUAUUGUCGACAGCUUUGGCCUCAAGGGCGGCGAGCGGAAUGGAACUAGGAACAUGCAAGCGCUCCGUUGUCACAUCUUGCUCACGCAGGAGACAGGCCGCAACUUGCUGCGUGAACUGCUGAUUUUCAUUGCAGCAUGGGAUCUCCCUGACGACGAACUUUACUUCAAGAUGAUGGUCCAGAUUAUGGAAGCCGUGCUCAAGAAUGGCCUCAUGUCCCAUGCUUACUCCGACUUUGGUCAGCCCAAGGACAUCAUUUCUCCGGCCCAAGCUGUGGUGAUCAAGAUUCUCACCCACAUCUUCCGCGCCAAGUACUCUCCUGCCUCGGUGACGGGCUCGGCCCAGCCCAACAUCCCCCGCAGCCCGAGUUCGCUCAACCGAGUUGAUAUCUUGACCGUCCGCUACAUCUUCACCAUCUUCCGGGGCAACAUCAUUCCCGAGACAUGUGCUCUGAUCUACCUCCAAGGCCAGAUUCGCGCCGAGCGGGCUCUGUCCGAGGACUUCCCGCUCAAUCUGUGGGACAUGGAACGGGUCUACGAAGGUGUCUACCAGUUCCUGGAGUUCUUCGCCGUGUUGACCGAAAACAACGACUGGAAGAACCUGCUGGUCAAAUGGGAGAUCGUCUACGACCUGGUGACAUUGAUCAAGGAGUUGGAAGCAAGUAUCCCCAAAGGAGAACUGAGCCAACUAUCCUUCGAUCCAUCCAGUACGGCUCCAUCAGCCCCUGUUGCCGUCGAACGUCCCUACGAUCCCAGCGACCCAGACCCCAACGAUAACGGCCCCGGCAGUGUCGGCUCCCGACCCGAGUCCCCGCCUAUCACGGAGGAUCCCUCCGAGUUUGAAUGGCGCAAUCUCAAGAAACUGGUCGUGCUUGUGCUCUCUUCGCUUGUGUGGAAAUGUCCCGAGGUCCAAGAGCAGAUCCGUCGCUACGGCGGCGUGGAGGCUAUUCUCUGCUGCACUGCUUUCGACGCGCACAAUCCGUACAUCAAGGAACAUGCUGUGAUGUGUCUUAAGUUCUUGUUGGAGGGGAACCGUGAGAACCAGCGUCUUGUUGAGGAACUCGAGGCCCAGGAGGUUGUUAGUAAGGAUGGUGGCGUGCUGGAAAGAGCUGGCUAUGAAGCUAUGAUUAACCAGGCUGGCAAAUUGGCCAUUCGGCCCAAGCCUCGGGUUACGGAUGUCCUAUGA